AUGACCUCACCAACAUGGAUGCGGCGAAAUGCCUCGCACCUCAUUCAUCAACGAGCGGCACAGAUCGAGGAGCAUCUUCGAGAGACAAAGCUGCGCCACCUGCAGGCACGAGAGGUUUUAGCGAAUAGUCUUGGUGCUUUGGCCAAUUUGGUGACAUUGAGGUGGGCUCGCCUGUCCGUGACCUCCUUCCACGGGCGCUUGGGCAAGUGCUGUUGCGAAGGAACAGGAUGUGAGUGGCAGUCCUUUGAUUUUGGUGGAGCCCAGAUGGACUAUGAAUGCAAGUUGGGCUUCAGCGACUACCUGGAUGUGUUGAAUUUCAACCCAGGUGCAGAAGGAGCAGCGCUGAGCAAAUCAACAGCUGUGGAUGAUAUUCUGGAUCAAUGUUCCAAGAAGGUAGGGCAAAGCUCCGGUUCAAGUGCAUCAACUGAUGAAACACAGGAUUUAGGAUUGCUCCGGAUUCUGCCCGCACAGGGAUGGCCUUAUCCUUCCAUGGAGUGGUCGCCCCCCAGUCAACCUUCGUUGCCAGCGGAAGCGCAGACAGCGCCCGUGGAAGCGCUUCUGAAGCUGGCGCCGUCUGAGCCGAUGGUCGUGGAAGUGUCAGAAGUGGUGAAGCCGCAGGGCCAUACCACCUCGACAGAGCCAGAGGGUGAGACUCCUGCAGUGGAUCUGGAUUUGGAAACAGUCACAGAUUCAGUGAAGGAUUCCCCCGAUGCUGGACUGACCCCGCAAACGGGUGUGGAGUUCCCUCACUCAGAGAACAGGGAGACUGUCAAGAGAGUGGAGGACCCAAUCAGGUCAGAAGAGGAACCAGCUGAAGCUCCAGCUUCGCCACAGGCGGGGGAAGAGGCGGAGUCAGACUCCUUGCAUGCCUUGAACCAAGCAGCUCAGCAGCUGGCAGAAGCAGAGCAGGCUGUAUCCAAACCGCUGGCACCGCCGGGUGAAGCACUGCCAGAAGCAGCUGCGCCAGCAGCGGGGCCGGAACAAGACAUUCCAUUCCCCAGGACUGAGGCAUUGACAAGAACCCCGCAAAUCGAGCAGGAGCCAGAGGCGCAAGAAAUCUCCCGGCUGCAGAAGAAGCAGAGCUUCAAAGCCAACGCCGGAGCUGCGGCCAACGCAGCCGAAAAUGCCCUGAAGAAUGAAGUGCAGAAGGCAGAUGGAGUUUUGCCCUAUCGCCAAGUCAAUCUGCCCGGGGAGGAUCUGCAGCGAUCCGUGCGGGAAAGGCCCAGGCCUUUCGUGAGCUCUCCAGCGCGUAGCUUUAGAUCGGCCAGAACAGCACACCAGGAGGAGGCUCAUGAGGCUUCAGCUGCUAUGCCAGCACAUGCCGCAGGCGGGCUUGCUGCUGCGGCCUCUGCUCUGGGGCUGGGCCGCAUCUUCAGCCACCGUAUGCGGCAGCCGGUGCAGCGAGCACAGUCGCCAUUUGCAGAGGUGGCAUUUGGCGCAGCCAUCUACUGGACAGUCCGAGCGGCGGCACAUGCGUGGGUCUCGGCUACCGACGGUUUCGCCCUUCGUGACGACUUGUUUCAGGACAUGGCAGUGGCCCACACCUACAAGAACUCCAUUCGGCCAUGGAUACAGUCUGGAAUCAUUGCCCUGAUCUCCAGUGUGUUUGUGGUUUUUGCACUGAAGGAGUUCAUCAGAUCCAUGAAGGAGUGGGAACAGCAGCAGGAAAUGAAGGAGAUGCAGCAGAUGGGAGAGGAUGCUCUCUUCCUCAUGUCCACUCCAGUGGAUGCCACACCCUUGGAGAAGAAGAAAGACCGGAUGAGGAAGCGCCUCACGCCUUUGCCAAUGAGAAUCCUCGGAGGUGUUCUGGACAAGAUGUGGCUCUUGCGAGUGGGUGCGUGCGUUGGGUACUUGCUGCCAUUCUUGAACGCUCUAGACUUUGGUGAGAUCUCCAUUUCUUUGUACCCGUAUGCGGUGGGAGUUCCUCCAACAGAGCCCUUAGUCAAUUUCAUGCAGCACACGCUGAAGAUGCGAUACUUGUACAACGCAUACCUGAAGUCUGGGUACUACUUCCUGAUUGUUUGGUUUAUCUUCAUCCAGACUGCCGUGAGAAACAAGGCUGCACCUUUCUAUGUGCGCUUCCACUCAUCGCAGGCCAUUCUGAUCUCCAUGUUGUUGGGUGUGCCUCAGCAGGUGGAGAUUGCUGGGAUGAAACGGUGGAGAUGCCAUCGUUCACAACCGCACUCUUGGUAA